UCAAUGUUUUAUCUAUUUCCUUUUCUGUGUUUUCCUAUUUCCUUUCCAUUAACAACUAGAAGAAAGAAAGAAAAGUAAAGCAGUAAAGGAAGGAAAAAAAACUGAAACCAUGGAUAAUCCACCGGCCAAAAAGACUGGGAACAGCUCAAGAUCCGAUAUAAUCAGUAACUUGCCGAGUAAUAUCAUAGAUAAUAUUCUAAGUUGUCUGCCGAUUCAAGAAGCAGUGGCGACUAGUAUUUUGUCAAAGGAAUGGAGGUUCAAGUGGAGAUAUCUUUCGAAAUUGGUAUUUGACAAAGCUUUUUAUUGGACAUCGAUAAAACGCAGUACGGGAAAUCCUAGCAAUAAUCUAUUUUUUCUUAACAUGUAUAGAGUCUUAUUAGUUCACCAUGGACCCAUUUUGAAUUUUACUUUUCGUGUUCCGUUGUUAGAAAGUUGUGAUGAGAUUGACCGGUUGAUGCUUUACUUGAGCGAGAAAGAUGUUCAGGAAAUUUUCUUUAUGAUUGAAGGAAAUGAACGCUAUAGAUUGCCAUCAUAUCUGUUCUCAUGCGUGACAUUGAGGCGCUUGACUUUGUCCUCAUGUACUUUCGUAGUUCCAUUGGCGUUUCAAGGAUUUGUUAAGUUGAUUUCUUUUACAUUACAAUCUGUUCAUUUGAGUACAAAUAUAUUUGAAACUUUCAUUCCCAAAUGCCCAUUACUUGAAAGACUUUCUAUACAAGAAUGUGACGAAUUUGAUAACCUAGAUAUUGACAUUCCUUAUCUAAAGUUCUUCGAGUUCUCUGGUGAUUUUAAGUCUCUUUGUUUUAGAAAACCUUGUCAGCAUCUUUCAACGGUUAUAUUUGAUGGAGAUCUUGAUGCUUGCGAACCGACCAAGCUUCUCGAAUAUCUGCCUGUCGUCAAGCACCUGCGACUCGGAUUGAGCUUUGUGCAUAACAUGCUUCAUGAAACAAUGCCAAAAAAACUUUCUCUUGGCUGUCUUAAAGUUCUUGAACUGCCUGAUAUAUGUUUUUGGCGUGCGGGUGAUAUCUCCACAGCUUUUUCCUUGAUUUUGAGCUCUCCUAACUUAGAGAAGCUGGAGAUUGGGUCAGUUGGUCUUCAUAGAAGAGAACUUGCUACGGAAUUUUUAGAAGUAAAAGACCCCUUGGCUAAUGAACUGAAAAAACUUCGAGUGGUGAAGAUAAAGCUCGGAUACACAAAAGCAAUAAAACCUGAACUAGAAUUCAUCAAGUUUUUAUUGGCUGGAUCAGUAGAACUAGAAAAGAUGUUUAUACAGCCUGACGAAAGAACAGUUGCUAAGGAAGGACUUAAAAUUCUGAAAAGGAUAACUCGAUUUCAACGUUCAUCAAAGAAAGCAGAAAUUGUAUACCUAAAUACUGAUGACGAUGAUGAAGUUGGUAGUGAUGGUAAUAAAGGUUAGGAUGUUGAUUAUUAUGCCUGCUGCUAAUAAAAUUUGUAGUCACUCCAGCUUUUGCUUAAUAAAUUUCAAAAUAGUUUUUUUUUUUGGGAAUGCUGAAGCAUUCAAGAUAUCAAAUGUGGAAAGCUUGUAAUCUUCAUGGAACUAUCAGACAGUGUUACCGAAAAUAUAUUAGCUAAAGAUUGUCGGAGUAGUUUAGCUGCUAGUUUUAUUAGGAGUCAUUUUUUGGAGUCCGCAACAUUUCUUCUGCUGAUUCUGUUAUGGAUGCUUGGCUUGGCUGGCUCCUCGUACGGUUUUAGAAGUAGAACGGCGUCGUAUUGACAUUAUCCAAAUAAAUUGUUAUAUUUGUAUUUUAAUAUCUAUUUCGAUAUUUGGCAUUUAA